AUCUAGGUGCUUUGUACAGAACUAUGUGGUACGUAACACAGUUGUUCGCUAGUUAGCAAAGAGUAUUUGAGUUGCAUGUGCGUUGCGUUGAGUUUGUAGUAGACAGCUGUCUUGGAAAUUUGUUUUAUGUUUUACCACAGAUAAUACAAUACUAUACUAGGUUUUACUAAAGGAAUUUUUUUGAGGUUAGAUUGGUGAGUGUCGUGAUUUGUUUGUUAAAAGUAUAAUAUGUCUAGCCCCAUAAUUCAAUUAGAACAAGGCAAGUUAACGGGGCAAAUAAAUGUAGCUUCGAAUAAUACACAUUACUAUGCCUUUAAAGGAAUCCCUUAUGCAAAACCACCGAUCGGCGAAUUACGAUUUGCGGUACCACAACCACCAGAUCCUUGGGAAGAAACCCGUGACGGCACAAAAAACUGUAGUAUAUGUAUACAGUUCGACAAAGCAACGAAUGGAGUAAUAGGUGAUGAGGAUUGUUUGUACUUAAAUGUUUAUACUCCUCAAUUACCCAAAAAUGACUUGGAUUUGCUACCGGUGAUGGUCUACAUCCACGGAGGCGGAUUUGUCUUCGGCAGUGGCACCGACGAUUCAGUUCACGGUCCAGAGAACAUCAUCAAAAACAAUGUAGUCCUAGUCAGCUUCAACUACAGACUCGGAAUCCUUGGUUUUCUAUCGUUCAACCUUAAAGAAGCUCCUGGCAACAUUGGCUUGCGAGACCAAGUUCUAGCACUAAAAUGGGUUCGACAAAACAUAAUUCAAUUUAAUGGGGAUCCCAAUAAUGUUACAAUAUUUGGUAUAAGUGCUGGAGGAGCAUCUGUUGAAUACCUUGUUCUUUCUCCUAUGGCAAAAGGACUUUUUCACAAAGCUAUUUCACAGUCGGGAUCUUCUCUCUUACAUUGGGCUCAAAACAAAAAUGUCAAGCAUUUGUCUUCUCAGGUAGCACUUUUAAGUGGAGCAGACACAACUGACGAAGAAGAAAUGCUUAAGCAUUUGAAGAGCAUGUCUGCGAAUAAACUGAUUACAUGUUCUAUGAUGGCAUUGUCAGCCGAAAAAUUCCGUGGCGGUAUACAUUUUGGAUUUGUACCAACAAUUGAACAGCCGGGCGAUUGGGAACCGUUUCUGGAUAGAUCCAGUUAUGAAUUGUUAUCUAAAGGAGAAUUUACGAAAGUUCCUUAUAUGGCAGGCUUUUGUUCACGAGAAGGCCUCUUGGUAGUAAAUUUAGCACCAGCUAUUUUAGAUCAACUAGUUAAAGAAAAGGAGUUUGUGUCCCAUCUUCCUUUUGACUUAAAUUAUACUCAUAGUAAGGAAAUGAAUGAUAAAUUGAAAAGUAUUUACUUAAAAGCUGAAAAUAAAUACAAUGAAAAUGACUCCUUUGCGAUAGAUUUCUUUACUGAUGUUGAUUUCUUAGGAGGUAUUUAUGUUGCCACUAUGCUUAUAGCAAAGAACAAUUCUCCAGUAUAUUUUUACGAAUUUGCUUACGACGGGAAAUUAAAUUACCUGAAGACAAAAUGGGGAAUUACCCGAAAAGGAGCUUGUCAUGGAGAUGAUGGAGGAUACCUUAUAAAAAGUAAAUUAUUACCCGAGAAUAUCUCAGAUACCGACAAGUUAGUACGAGACAGAUUCGUGGAAAUGUGGACUAAUUUCGCUAAACAUGGGGACCCUACACCUGAAAUAGAUGACAAAUUGCUAACAACGAAGUGGGAACCUACAUCUAAUACAAGAAUGGCUUGUUUACUUAUUGAUGAUAAGUUAACCAUUAAACAUGAUAUCUACCUUGAAAGGAUGAACAUUUUUAUGGAGCUGUUUGAAAAAAAUUAUCGAUAACUUAAUAAAUAACCAGUAGUAAUAAGUGUUCCUCAGGAAUUUGCUAUUACUAAGAUGUGAAUUGUACUUAUAGUACCUGGAAUUCAAUGAAAUAGAAUCAAUAGAAGUUUCAUAACAUUUCGUUUAUUGUAGUUUAAAUAAAUAAUAAAUCGU